UACGUGGUGGCGCGGGUUACAAUUUUUGAGAUGUCAAAAGAUCCUGAGAGAAAAUUGUCAGAUAUAGCUUACAUGAUAGGUUCUGUCGCUACCAGAGUUAAAACAUGCUCAUUUUCUCCAGUGGUUAUGAAAGGAUGUAAUGGAGGGAGCUCGGUGUCAUUUUCAAGAGCAUGGAUAAGCAUAGAAAAAAAGGCCACAAAAUUUUCUCUCGUAAAUUACGGACUACCAGCUGCCUUUCUUUAUGAGGAUGGUCUCCGCUGUCUUUUAAAUACAAUGCUUGAACGGAAAACGGAAGAAAACAAUGUGAAGAAAAGGGCACUAGAUUGUAUAAAGAAAUUUAUUUUUGAAGACCUUACAAAACAUGAGGAAUGUCUUGCAAAAUUAAAACAAAGUACAAGUCAUGGAGCUUCAAAAAGGAAAAAAGAAUACAUACAAUCUGUUCUUGCUGCUCAUCUGUUUGGUCCACUAGUUCCAGAAUCUGCAGAUGUUAACAGAUGUAGCAUUGACAGAUUAUCACAAAAAGCUACAAUUUGCAAGUUUUGUCAAGAAAAGCUGGUGGUAAUAAAAGAUACUACUUUUGGAAAUUAUGAAGUUUGGUAUGGUCGUGCAGACAUGAUUCUUCAGAAAAGCGCCAUUGUAGUGAAUAAAGGCAGUGACACUGUAUCAAAGCUUUUUUCAGGAAGAAUAGCAACAUGCUCAUGUCAGAGUACAAGCUCACGUUCCUGUACCAGUGAAUCUGAUCAAGAUUCUUCAAGUAGUAGUAGUGAUACCUGCAAUUGCUCUGAAGUAGAAAUAAAGAGUAAAGGUUUCGAAGGACAUGCCCAGAAUCAGGCUAUCGCACAGUGUAUAUCAAAUGCUUUCUAUGUCCAGGAUCAAAGUCAGUUAUCAGAUGUUUUUAUUCCAUCUUUCUUAGCCAAUGAUAAUACCAUUAAAAUAUACAUGUACUGUUGUAGCAAUGACAUUCUUCUUGAAAGUGAAUCAAUGCCAAUUUUGAGAGGGGAUACCAUAAAUGUUGCAACAGUAAUUACAGUGUGGUUGGCAAUUAACUUUGACUACUUUGACUUAAGAGACCUUAAAAGUAAGGAAAUGGCCCAGAAACUACAUCUUGCUAGCCCGAAGUCAAUGUUCAAAACUUUGAUAGGAGCGGAAGCGUUAUACAUCUAUGAACAUAAAUUGCACAGACCUUUGGAUCCAAAACAAACUGAUAAAGAGGAAAAGGAUGACGAGAGAAUAGAUGUCCAUCCAUUAUUUCAAGAAUAUCUAAACACUUUUACACCAUAUGAAAUAGCAAUCUUAUCAAAAAAGGAAUAAAGCAUUCUUUAUUUAUGCCCAGCUGUUCAAAGAAUGUUCUCUUCAAGAUGCAUUGCAAAUGUGGUUUCCAAUCAAUAACUUUAAAAAGGUACCAUAGAUUGUAUUCAUAUUUUACAUGUUGGUUUUUAAUUUUAGAUACUUGAUUUACUAUCUGUUAAUUAUUACUGGAGUGAUGGCACUGUCCGGAUUUUUAAUUUCUGCAAAAUGGUGGUUUCCCAUCAAUAACUAUUGAAAUUUGGCAUGGAUUGUACAGGCUGUUUCUGUGGCGUGGUUUUCAUCCUCUGUUCACUGCCUACUUUUUACAUUGUGUACAUUUACAAUACAUAAUAGAUGCUGCAGUAUUCAGUGGGUUUUUCCCUGGAUGAAAUCAAGGCCAUCUUAGAAUAUUGAUAAUCUAUGGUCCUAAGUUAGGUCACCAAGUCAAAUCAUAGGAAAAGCAUGUGAACACAAUUUAGGUUGUGCUUUGGGUCUUCUCGAAAAUUGGCCUGGAUGUUUGUUUUGAUGAAUAUAGGUCAAGUUUGAAUAUAGGUCAUGUGGGAUCAAAAACUAGGUCGCCAUAAUUUUAAAUCAGAAAAGUGUUUUAUGCAGUAAAGUUUAUACCGGUAUUUUCCAGAGGAUAUUUAUGAAAAUGGGUCAUGUUUUUUCUGGAUGAAAUUUAGGUUAUGUUCGAAUAUGGGGCAACUGAUAUCAUAUCUAGUUAACAAGAUUAAAGUGCGCACAGUAGAGGCUGAAAAGAAUCUUACUUGGAUCAAGGUACUUAGGUGAGCCAUCUAGAGCUUUUGUGUCCCUCUUGUUCUAACUUCCCAUCACGAGUUUGUGUGUGGCCUUACAUCAACAGUUUCUCCAAACGAUAUCGCCUUUGAAAUCACUUGGUCAGUCUUGUUUCCAGUUGCUAGCUGGUAGUUUCUUACAGAGAAAAUUUGUGUCUGGUUAUGGUCCUUCACAGAAACAGUUGUUCACAGGAACAGUUGUUGGGUAAACUGCCCGCUUGUUUUAUGCCCAUUUAAUAAAUCUACAUUAGUCUUGCAGUUUAUUGAUACCCAGUGACAAAUGUUUCUCAGAAACUUAGUUUCUGAUAAAUGGUCAUCCCCUGUUCCCCUGGCUGGUCCUUGCUAAAAAUGGCAGUGCAGUUUCAAUUUAGGCGAUUUAAUUGUUGCAUUAAAAUCAGUUAAUUAUUGAGAACUUAACUUUUUUCUCCCUUUAAAAUCAAAUAGAACUUUUCUUUUUCUUCUGUUAUGAUUGUUUCAUUCCUGUAAUUCCUGUUUUCAUCUAACUAGACUUGUUCAUUAUGUAUUUUUUCUUUGGUUAGAUCAGGUCAAAAAUGUGUUUUAUGUACAGAUAAUUUUUGUUCAAAUUCCAUUAUGUAUGUAUAGUUCACUGAAAUCAUGUAGAAAUUUGAGUGGAGUUACUUUGAAAUUUCUUCUUAUUGUUCAAAAUAUACAAAAUUCAAGA